AUGGAGGUAGAUUUCAUAGUGAAUAACUUCCCAAAGAUAUUCACAAGCGGAAUCACUGACAUUAUGGAUCUCAAGCUCGUUCCAUAUGGGAAUGCUAUGGUUGGAGAAAACAACACAAUCAUCUGCCAGCACGGACACGAAGAGUGCUUGCUGAAUCAAGUGGAAGCAUGUGCAAUUCAUCUUGAGUUACAAUAUGCGAAUGAAACUAGUGCUCUUAUCCCCUCUCACCAAUAUGUUCCUUGGGUGGCUGUGAAUAAAGUGCCACUUUAUGAUAACUAUGAUAACUUCGUAAAAGCUGUCUGCAAUGCCUACAAAGGUACUCCUCCGCCUAGAGUUUGUAAUAAACCCACAACGGAUAUCAACCAUGAAGCAAAAUCGAACUCGAAUCAGGAAGUUUGUUAUGUGAAUGAAGCAUCUCCAAAUGCUAAAGUCAAGCCUCCAGGGACUACAUGGAGGCUCCUAAUGAAGUUCUGA